AUGGAACGAAAAACAGAACUAUUAACCACAACAUCUGCCGGUUCAAUAUUCGCGUAUUUAAAUGGACUUGAAGGACUCAAUCAAACGUUUAUUAAACGUUUGUCGGGCGUGGCUUUCAUUCCUUUGGAUGGUUCACCAGUACUAUUGAAACCAACGCAAGUUUUCAUUCGGCAAGUGAAUAGUUCGAUUUCUCCCGAUUUGAAUACCGCUGGUCUGAUCGAUUAUGUCGAUUUUGGACUCGAAGGGAAUGCAUUUCUCUUGACGAUCGGUGUACUUCAUUAUCCAACGAUCCCCUUGCUUGCCGAGCUGCUUCUUGAUCGACAGAAAACUUAUUUUUCGAGUACUACAGAUGAUCGCAUUAGUGUAGCACAAAAGGUCGAUGUUUAUACGGAUUGUUUGAAACGAAUCGCAGUGAUGUCAAUUAAAACGCCCGAGUUUAUCCACGGGCCCUUAGAAAAGCGAUUAAAAACCGAAGCCUGGUGUCUUGGUUAUCAAACGCACUUCUAUCGGAUCGUCACGCCGACACAAAUUUAUCUCAACGAUGAUCCACAAUGUGUACUGACUCAUCAACCGAUCUGUUCGAAUGACGUGGAAUUAAAUAAAUUAUAUCGACAAUUCGGAGCGAAAUGGCUAUCCGAAUGUAUCACUCGAGAUCUCGUACCGACAGGACGAUCUUCAUCAACCGGGCAAACGGAGAAAUUAAAAGAAAAGAUCCAGGAACGUUUGAAUAUCCUAUUCGUCAAUAAGCAAGGUGAACCAUUAGCUAGUUUGAACAAAGAACGUUUUCAUAUGCUGGGAAAGAGUCUAUUAGUUGUGGAAGUUAAAAAUAUCAAAUGCAGUUUGACAUUUCAAAAUAGAACGGAAUUACUCGACUCAAAAAACAGCAGUUCGUGUACAUUGCAAAAGAAAGAAAACGAACUAGUAUUAUAUCUUCGACGUGAUACAUCCAUUUCGGACUACGAUUAUUUUGACAUUGCCAGUGAACUGGCACGAUUUGUUUUCGAUGAUGCACCCGAAACAUUUAUUCCUAUCAUAUCGAUUCGGCUGACAUCGUCGUUGGAAUCACUGGAACGACAAGGUCUUCCUGUGAGAUCUUUGCUAGAAACGAGACCACACUAUUCACAAGCUUCAUCGAAAGAAGAACAAGAACGACAAACGAAAUCGAAAAAUAUUCCAUUACCAUUAGCAGCUAUUUUCGGCGUAUUCAAGUUUCUCCGUCCGUCCAACAAGAGAUCUAAAUAUUCUAUAAUAUCUAGUGAUCAGCCACCUCCUCAUCACACUGAACCUGUUGUACCUAACGAGGAUCAAAUCCAGGAUCGAGUGACAACAACAGAUUUAAGCAGACCUUUGUCAGAAAGGGCACAUCGUCCGCAUGAUCAUCAAUCAGACACAGUCAUUCCUCCUACUGAAGAUUUCAAAUCCAAAAAUCAGAAGAUAAGCAGACAAUUACGUCGACUACCCAAAAAAAGCCGAUCAUAUCCUAAUUCUGUGAUUAUUCACAAUGGAUAUAUCAGAAAGGAGCAGUAUGAAUCAUGUGAAGUCGUACCGAAUGCUAAUAUGGAAAUUUAUCAUAAUUCUAACCUUCGCACACCAUUAUUUGUUGAGAAAGGCAUUAAAAUCACAUCCGAUAUGAUCGAUCAUGCCAUACUACUCAAUCACAUACUAAUCAGUCUGGCUGAACAUGUUUUCGAACUGCCCACUGAAUCGCUGCAUCUCUAUCGGGAUAUCAACGGAUCUCGCAUAGCAUUCAAUGCCGACGGUGCACUUUUCUUCAAUCUUCGCUAUUUCGAGCAAAUCUAUGCUGCUGAACUGCAAGCGUAUUUUGACAGACCGACAGCAUCGAACAGUAUUGUGACUACAAUAAUCAACUUCUAUUUCAUGGUUACCUGCCAUGAACUUGUGCAUAAUAUUAAUCCAAAGCAUGACUUAAGUUUUAUUAGUAGUUUACAACAAUGCGCAGUGGAGUAUAUGGAACGAAAGGAAAGUCUUCUAGCAUCGUUUUCAUUCAAUUCGAUAACAUCUACUGCUUCAUCACAAUUUUGA